AUGUCUGCGUCUCCUUCCGUCGCCACUCCUCAGGACGCCAUCCCCCAGGGCCAUAUUCCUGAGGCCGCCGCUCCUCCCGCCCCUGCACCUGUGGCCGCCGCCUACAACCCGCCUCCCCCGCAGAUGCCCUCCCCAUCUGCGUCCCUGUACGUCGGUGAGCUCGAUCCCACCGUGACGGAGGCGAUGUUGUUCGAAAUCUUCAAUAUGAUUGGCCCCGUGGCGAGCAUUCGCGUCUGUCGUGACGCCGUUACCCGUCGCUCCCUUGGAUAUGCGUAUGUUAACUACCUCAACGCGAGCGACGGCGAGCGUGCCCUUGAGCAGUUGAACUACUCCUUGAUCAAGGGCCGUGCCUGCCGUAUCAUGUGGUCUCAGCGAGACCCUGCCCUGCGCAAGACCGGCCAGGGCAACAUCUUCAUCAAGAAUCUUGAUGAACAGAUCGAUAAUAAGGCCCUCCACGAUACGUUCGCAGCCUUCGGUAACGUUCUGUCGUGCAAGGUCGCUACUGACGAGCAUGGCCGUUCCAAGGGUUAUGGUUUCGUGCACUACGAGACCGCUGAAGCCGCUGAGACCGCCAUUAAAGCCGUUAAUGGCAUGCUUCUCAAUGACAAGAAGGUGUAUGUCGGCCACCACAUCUCUCGCAAGGAGCGCCAGUCGAAGAUCGAGGAGAUGAAGGCUCAGUUCACCAAUAUCUACGUCAAGAACAUCGAUCCGGAGGCGACUGAAGAGGAGUUCAAUGAGCUCUUCAGCCAGUUCGGCCAUGUCACCUCUGCAGUGGUUCAGGUCGAUGACGAAGGGAAGAGCCGGGGCUUCGGCUUCGUCAACUUCGAAAACCACGAGGACGCCCAGAAGGCGGUCGAGACUCUUCACGACUCGGAGUUCAAGAGCAGGAAACUCUUUGUCACUCGCGCGCAGAAGAAGGCCGAGCGCGAGGAGGAACUUCGCAAGUCGUACGAAAUGGCUAAGAUGGAGAAGAUGAGCAAGUACCAGGGUGUCAACCUCUAUAUCAAGAACCUCGAAGACGAUAUUGACGACGAUCGUCUCCGUGCCGAGUUUGAGCCUUUCGGUAACAUUACCAGCGCGAAAGUGAUGCGCGACGAAAAGAACAGCUCCAAGGGGUUCGGCUUCGUCUGCUUCUCCUCGCCGGACGAAGCGACUAAGGCGGUCGCGGAGAUGAACAACAAGAUGAUUGGCUCCAAGCCUCUUUAUGUGUCUCUUGCGCAGCGUCGCGAGGUCAGAAGGCAGCAGUUGGAGAGCCAGAUUGCCCAGCGCAAUCAAAUCAGGAUGCAACAGGCUGCCGCUAGCGGACUCGCUGGAGGAUACAUGAACGGCCCUCCUAUGUACUACCCUCCCGGUCCUGGCGGUUUCCCACCUCAGGGUGGCCGCGGCAUGAUGGGCUACGGUCAACCUGGUAUGCUACCUCCUCGUCCCCGAUAUGCUCCUGGCGGCCAGGUCCCUGGCAUGCCUCUUCCUGCUCCGUACGGCCAGGUUCCCCCUCCGGCAUAUGCGGGCAUGCCUGGAUACCCUCGUGGCGCGCCGCGACCUCCCCCCGGCGGUCGUGCCCCUCCGCCCGCUGAUGCCAACCUCCCUGCUCCCAACGGCGGGGCUCCUCGCCCUGCUGGUCUGCAAGGUGUUGCUGCGACGCGGCCCCCGGCCGGUGCUGCUGUGGCUGCCGCCACUCGUGCCCAGCCGUAUAAGCAGGUGCCCCCUGCUGCACCAGUACCUACGGGCGUCCCGGUCCCUGGUGCAGAAUUUCCCGCAAUCACUCUCACCUCGGAGGCGCUUGCCAAUGCGACGCCGAUGGAGGGUAAGCAGAUGCUCGGUGAAAUUAUCUACAUGCGGAUUGCGCCGUCUCAGCCGAAGUUGGCCGGCAAGAUCACCGGGAUGUUGCUCGAGAUGCCCAACCAAGAGCUCUUGACGCUUCUCAAGACCCCCGAGGCGAUGGCUGCCAAGGUCAGCGAGGCUUUGAAUGUGCUCCACGAGUUCUCGCAGAGGGAGAUUGCUGAGAAUAAGGAGGCAGCUGAUGACAACGAGAUUGCUGAGGGCCAGUAA